GGUAAAAGAGAACGGGGCACUCGGAUCGGCUUCCUUCCCUUCUCUCUCUUCCCCGCUCUUAAGUCGCAGCACCCCCAAAACCCUAAACCAUUUGCUUGCGUAGAUUAAUGCUUCCGAAGCCCUAAAGAAAAUAAGGUGAAAAAUGGCUUCUUUGUUCAAGGAUCCAAGCAAGGUAUCGGCGUACCGGGACCGGAGGUUUCCGGGCAGCCAAGAGGAGUACGAGCACGCGCUGCAGACGUCGACGACCGUGUACCUGGGCAACCUGUCGUUCUACACGACGGAGGAGCAGAUUUACGAGCUCUUCUCCCGUGCCGGAGAGAUCAAGAAGAUCAUAAUGGGCUUGGAUAAGAACACCAAGACUCCGUGCGGCUUCUCCUUUGUCUUGUACUAUUCUAGGGAGGAUGCUGAGGAUGCAGUCAAAUAUAUCAGUGGGACAAUUCUCGAUGAUCGCCCGAUUCGUGUAGAUUUUGAUUGGGGAUUUGAAGAAGGCAGACAAUGGGGUCGUGGCCGAAGUGGCGGACAAGUGAGAGAUGAGUAUCGCACAGAUUAUGAUCCUGGUCGUGGUGGAUAUGGAAAGAUGGUCCAGAGGGAGCUGGAAGCACAGAGACAGUUAGUAGAUUAUGGUACAGGGUCAUUGGGCGCUUUCCAACCUCAUAUGCCAUCACACUAUGGUAGACAUGGUGGAGACCGUGGGCAUGGAGGCUUGCACAGACAAAGUAGAGAUUAUCAUCGGAAACGGUAUCGGGAUGAUGAUGAACGAUCUGCACCUGAGAUGUCAAGGAGGAUGUCUGACUAUGAAUCAAGGAGAACCUCAGAUUAUGAUUCCAGACCGGAGAAGAACCCCCGCUUUCGAGAUAGCGGUGACUCUGAUGAUGAUGAUGAUGAUGAUAGGAAACGGCGUCGUUAAUCUUUAUAAAAAUAUCUCUUCCUUCAUUUCUUUUCAUUUUUACUUGUGAUUUCAUAAGGAUACCAAUCGUAACUGAAAUUCUUGUUUUAUUUUUAUUCGAACCUUCAAAUUUCUUAAUUUUCUUUGGUAGUUAACCUGAUAUGUACUUUGGCAGUUGCUUAUAUGCUAAGUUGACCUGAUAUGUACGUUGGCAGUUACUUCUAUGCUAAGUUGGCUUCUCAAA